GCAUGCUUCAUUUUCAGACCCCUCAAGCCUCCUGGCAGGAUGAUAUAAAUCGGGGACAUAAGGAAGACAUUCUGUGUGUUGCACAGUGUCCACCUGCUCUCCUUGCCACAUCCAGUUAUGAUGGUGAAAUUAUUGUUUGGAAUAUGCACUCAGGUCACAUAUGCCAUAAAUUCCACACUCCAAUUACUCCUUCCGCUCUUGGUACCGAAUCUAUAGAUGGAACUGUUACUCAAGUAAUUUUUCUAAUGACUCGUGCUGUGAAAUUUGAAUCAUCCGCAGCCUCUCUUCUUUCCAAUGGGCCACAAGGCUCUCUGCACUUCUGGAGCCUGGGCACUGAAGAUCCACUUCUAGCACAUUUCAUACCUUCCAGAGGAAACUCUCUGAUCAGUAGCAUUGCUGUGACUGCCAAUGAUUCAUAUCUGUAUGUCGCCGAUGAGGAUGGGUAUGUGUACAUCCAUGACAUCCAAGAAUAUGCUGUUCAGGAUCCAGAAACAGAAGCACCAAAAUAUGUAAAUCAUUGGAGAGCUCAUUUGAAGCAGAUCAUGUCGUAAGUAUUGAUUUAAGUUUUAACAAAAUAAUGAUUUGUAUAUGUACAUGUCUAACCAUUUACUUUUCUGGCU